UUUGAUGUGUCACUGUUAGACCUUGUCCAGCCAUCAGUCACGGCCUCUCAACAGCACCAGGAUGGAAGUCAAAGCUGCCCUGUUUGGAGAGGCUGCCCCCCAGGUGAAGUCAGAGCGUCUACGUGGUCUGCUUGACCGGCAACGUGCACUUCAGGAGGCCCUGAGCCUGAAACUUCAGGAGCUCCGCAAAGUGUGUCUCCAGGAGGCGGAGCUAACUGGCCAACUGCCCCCUGAAUGCCCGCUAGAGCCUGGUGAACGGCCCCAGUUGGUCCGCCGGCGCCCCCAUGCAACCCGCGCCUACCCUCCACCACAUCCCAACCCAGCACACCACUCCUUGUGCCCUGCUGAGGAAGUGGCUCUUGAUGCUCUGGAGCGUGAGGUGUCAGUGCAGCAGCAGAUCACAGCAGCUGCCCGCCGCCUGGCUCUGGCCCCUGAGCUGAGCGCUGAACAGCGCCGGCGAAGGCGCCAAGUCCAGGCAGAUGCGCUACGGAGGCUGCAUGAGCUAGAGGAGCAGCUCGGGGAUGUCCGGACCCGCCUUGGCCUCCCAGUGCUCCCGCCAUCCCAGCCACUGCCGCUGUCCACGGGGACAGUGAUCAACACCCCAGGAGUCUGCCUGGGCAUGCGCCUCACUCAGCUCAGCCAAGAGGACAUGGUUCUGCACUCAGAGAGCAGCUCCCUCUCAGAGUCUGGGGCCAGUCAUGACAAUGAGGAGCUCCGUGGCUGCUUCUCACUAGCUGAGCGCCCCUCACCACCCAAGGCCUGGGACCAGCUGCGGGCAGUAUCUGGGGGAAGCCCUGAACGUCGGACCCCAUGGAAACCACCCCCAUCAGAUCUUUAUGGGGAUCUAAAGAGCCGGCGGAACUCUGUAGCCAGCCCCACCAGCCCCACACGCUCACUGCCCAGGAGUGCCUCCAGUUUUGAAGGGCGAAGUGUGCCUGCCACCCCUGUCCUCACUCGGGGCGCUGGCCCCCAGCUCUGCAAACCUGAAGGCCUCCAUUCUCACCAGUGGUCCGGCAGCCAGGACUCACAGAUGGGCUUCCCCCGGGCAGAACCUGCCUCUGAUCGGGCCUCCCUCUUCGCAGCUCGCACCCGCCGCAGUAACAGCUCAGAGGCACUGCUAGUGGACCGGGCAGGUGGUGGGGGAGCUGGCUCCCCGCCUGCCCCUCUGGCUCCCCCUGCUGCUGGCCCCCCGGUCUGCAAGAGCAGUGAGGUGCUGUAUGAGCGCCCCCAGCCAACCCCUGCCUUCUCCUCCCGCACUACUGGCCUCCCAGACCCUCCGCGAGCGGCCCGGCCUAGCUCAGCUGCCCCUGCCUCCCGAGGGCCCCCCCGGCUCCCACCUGUGUGUGGGGACUUCCUUUUGGACUAUUCCCUGGACCGGGGCCUGCCCCGUGGUGGCACAGGGGCAGGCUGGGGGGACCUGCUACCUGCAGCUGAGGUCCCAGGGCCUCCCUCUCGCCGGGAUGGGCUCCUUGCCAUACUCCCUGGCCCACCACCUGUCUAUGUAGCUGACGGUAGUAGCCCCCUCCUCUGCAACAAGGACCCCCACACCCGUGCCACCCGCACCAAGCCCUGUACCUUGCCCUCAGAGGCUGCUGAGGGUCCAGAGGUUCAUCCAAAUCCUCUGCCGUGGAUGCCACCGCCCAGCCGUAUCCCUCCAGCUGGUGAACGAAGUGGCCACAAGAACCUUGCCCUGGAGGGGCUGCGGGACUGGUACAUCCGCAACUCCGGACUGGCCGCGGGGCCCCAGCGCCGGCCUGUGCCCCCCCACAUGGGCCCGCCACACCCACCCUUCCAUACCCGCUGCUAUGAGGUGGGCCAAGCGCUGUAUGGGGCCCCCAGCCAGGUGCCGCUCCCACACUCGAGGAGUUUCACAGCGCCCCCUGUUUCCGGCAGAUACUACGCGGACUUCCUGUACCCCCAGGAGCUGAGCGCUCGUUUAAGUGACCUGACGCUAGAGGGGGAGCAGUCCUCCAGUUCUGACCCCCAGACCCCAGGCACUCUGGUCUGACCCCUUCUGACAUGCCGUUUGCUGGCCUGGGCAUGACUCCAGUCUGGGGAGCACACAGCUGACCUCACUGAGCUCUGGGUGUGGUUGCUCUCAGUCCUGGGUGGGUCCCAACCUAAUCUUCCAAGGACUCUGGCUCCCUGUGGGGCCAAGAAGGCGUCCAAGACACCCUGUUCUCACACUGUGCUGGAGACUGGGGGUCCUCAGCCAGCUUAAAAGAGGGGGAUGAUGUCAUGGGGACUUUAAACCCCUUUCUCCAUUUCUGUUUACAGUUGUGAUUUAGGUAUUCACUGUCUUCCCCUAACACUAGGCAUUUUGUAAAAUGGAAACUGUGAUCUUGUUCUGGUUGGGUUCAUUCCUAUUCUCAUGCCCAGCCUAUUCCCUUCAGGACCAGCCACUCCCCCAAAUGGACCAUAUAGUCUCAGGGCCCUGUUUGGGGCAGCCAGGAGACUAAUGUGAAUACAACUCCCUGCCAUCCCCUACCAGGGCAGUUAUUGGGGAAGUAGGCCUUCUGCCCACAUUUGGAAGGAUUGUAGUCUGGGUGGGGUGCCUGAAGAAGCCCAUCCCCAUCUGCCCAUGGCCUCUGCCUUGACCAUCCCUCAUCAGGAGACCCUGUAGUAGGGGUAAAGGGCAGAGCCAUCAGGUGUGUUGUGUCCUGGGAUGCUGCGGAGGUUGAACCUGGCAUCUGGUAGAUGCCAGUAAAAUCCUCAGGUGAUGUCUGGCCACAGGCCACAUCACAUCUUCCUUGGCUUUCUGUCACCACUUUUUAAACAAAUGCACACAAACUGUGUUUUCUAUAACCUGUCUGUGACUUUCUGGAAAUGGGGGUUCCCCUACUCCCCUUACCUGGUGUUAAACUUUUCUUUUUGUACCAAUGGAUCUGGGCCCAAGACACUACCCACACUGGAAGGGGA